AUGACGAGGAAGAAGGUGGAUCUAACAUACAUAAAGAAUGAUUCAAAGAGGAAGACAACAUUAAACAAAAGGAAAAAUGGCUUAGUGAAGAAGAUUAACGAAAUCAACAUUCUUUGUGGGAUUGAAGCAUGUGCUAUAAUUUAUACUCCAGAUAAUCCUCAACCAGAGGUUUGGCCAUCUGAUAGGGCAGUCCAAAGUGUGCUUUCUAGGCUUAGGACAGUGUCUGAACUGGAGAAAGGCAAAAAAAGGUUGUGUCAGGAGAGCUUUUUGAGGCAAAGGAUCAUCAAAGCACAAGCACAACUGAGAAAACUAAGGAAUGAAAUAAGGAAGAAAGAGGUGACCCUUCUCAUGUUUCAAUACCUCAAUGCUAAUAACAACUUUGACAAUUCAAGAAUGAUUGAUCUUAAUGAUAUUUCAAACUUGAUUGAUCAAAACUUGGAGAAAAUAGAAAACAACAUCAGCAUAAGCCAAGCCCACAAGGUUAAACCUAUUGCUGAAAAUGGAGGAGAAACCAUGAGUUCCCUUGUGAAUAGUGUCAUACAUGUUGAGGCAAUGCAACAUGAUAACUUCUCUAUGGACCUUAACAAUGGCUAUGGUGAUGAGAUAAAACCAUUGGCUGAGGACCCACAAACAGUACAUGAUUUUCUUCUUGCCUUUGAUUUGAGUUCAAUAUCUGAUUUCUCAGUUUCUUUCAACAUUUGUGCUACUUCUCGCUCGCAGUUCUGCAUACAUUGCGAGCAACAAAUUGAUACAGGAUCAAGAUCUACGUUCUCAGAGGUACGCCUCAAUGGAGAGAUCGUUGUAGUUGGCAAGAGAAAUAAGAUUUUGGAGAGAGAUCAUCGGAGUUGGAGUGGAAAUGGAGGUGGGAGCCGACGGAAUCGGAGUGGGAGGGAGAGGCGUGCUUGGAAAGCUGGUGGGUUUUGUGGGGAGGAGAGGGAGAGGGGAGGAAGAAGGAGACGGCGGCACAUGACUCUGAGUGUCGUGGUGGAGAAAGGAGUGGAGGGAAGAAACCCUAAAUUCACGGUUGGUGGAGGUGGAAGAUGA